AUGGCUUUCAUCAAGGCCUCGAAGCCCCGCGCCUACUUCAAGCGUUUCCAGGUCAAAUACAAGCGCCGCCGUGAGGGCAAGACCGACUACCGCGCCUUGGCAUUCUCUCGGCUCAACUUCACCGCCAGAGUCAAAUCCGUCUACCCAGGCCCGCCGGUUCAUCAAAAUCUUAAUCUCCGCCCGCCUGUAAAGCGCGUCGCCGCGCUCAGCGUCGAAGAGGCUCUUCUUGCAGAGCGGGGAGAACGCGACGUCGAUGGCGUCGAGAGCGGAUGUUUUGAAGCCCUGGGCGUCGAGAGCGAGGGCUGUGAGGAUGUGAGAGGCAGCGUCUUUCGAAUCGAGAGCGAUGGCCUUGUCGGCGUGAGGGCUUGUUUGGAGAGAGAGGCGGCGGAGGAGGUGGAGGUGGAUUGGGCGGCGUAUCUGGCUUGGGCGAGGAGCUGGGCACCGAGGACGAAGUGGCACUUGGAUUGGAUGGCGGUUUUGGAAUUAAAACCGUAG